CUAAUAUGGUUCCCCACACGACUACUACAGUGUAGUCGAUCGAAAUAGGAAUAAUGAAAUAGGAGUACACCAGCAUCGUCGGAGAAAAUACAUAAUUACCGAAUCCAAACAAAUACGGGGCAAAACGAAAAUAGCGGAGAGGAGAUAACCGAUCGGAAAGGAACAGCCCAAAAGAAAAACAUAUAUAAACCGCAAGUACCAUGAGAAAAGAUCGACACCCACCACCCACUACAGUUUGCUACUCAGCCGCAUAAUCAACGCAACCGCCCAUCAUGCUCUCCAAACUCACAACCCUGACCACCCUCCUCGCCGCCCUCUCAACCGCCUCUCCCCUCCCAACAUCCCCCACAACACCUCUCCUCCGCCGUCAAGCCGCAACUCUCUGCGACCAAUACGCAUACUACGCCGCCAACGGCUACGAGUUCAACAACAACAACUGGGGUAAGGGUUCCGCAUCCUCUGGCUCCCAAUGCACCACCGUGCAAUCGACCUCUCAAUCCGGUGUAUCGUGGUCAACAUCCUGGACAUGGCAGGGCGGACAGGACAACGUCAAGAGCUACGCGAAUGCCGGCAAGCAGUUUUCUAAAGGAUUGAAGAUUAGCAACAUCAGAAGCAUGACUACGAGCAUUACCUGGGACUACCAGCCUAGGGAUCUGAGGGCGAACGUCGCUUACGAUGUUUUCACCGCGGCCGACCCCAACCACGCCACCUCUUCCGGUGACUACGAAUUGAUGAUCUGGCUCGCUCGCAUCGGCGGCGUCUACCCCAUCGGCAACAAAGUCACCACCGUCAACAUCGCAGGCUACAACUGGGAUCUCUACGUCGGCCCCAACGGCUCCAUGAAAGUCUUCUCUUUCCUCCCCUCGGACGGCUCCUGGAAGUUCAGCUUCAAUGCCGAUGUCAAGCAGUUCUUCACCUGGUUGGCGCAGAACCAGGGUUACCCCAUCAACGACCAGCAUUUGAUUGUGUUCCAGCAGGGAACUGAGCCGUUUACUGGUGGUCCUGCAAAGUACACCGUCAGCAACUACAAUGCGAACAUCAACUUGUAG